CUCUUCUCAACCCAUAACACCUUGCGGUGAAUCAAUACCCACUUGGCGGCCAUCUUUGCUAGGGUUGCAACUCGAUCAUGAUUCGAUUUAUUCUUAUCCAAAACAGAGCUGGUAAAACAAGACUGGCCAAAUGGUAUAUGAACUUUGACGAUGAUGAAAAACAGAAACUUAUUGAAGAAGUUCACGCUUUGGUGACUGUAAGAGAUGCAAAGCACACGAACUUUGUAGAGUUUCGCAACUUCAAAAUUGUAUAUCGUCGUUAUGCUGGACUUUACUUCUGUUUUUGUGUGGAUGUGCAUGAUAACAACUUGUAUUAUCUUGAGGCCAUUCAUAAUUUUGUUGAGGUCUUGAACGAAUUCUUCCAUAAUGUUUGUGAACUGGACUUAGUGUUUAACUUCUACAAGGUAUAUUCUGUUGUUGAUGAGAUGUUUUUAGCUGGGGAAAUCAGAGAGACAAGUCAGAGCAAAGUUUUAAAGCAACUUCAACUGCUUCAGCAAUUGGAAUAAUAUUUGUUAACUGAAGACUUUGCUUCCUGUAUAGUCUACCAGAAAAACCAUUGGAAAUUUAUAGCUUGUCAUGUUUUGAGAAAAUUGGAAUUUUAUUUUUACUAUGUAAUAGUGUAACAGACCAAACACAAUUAUACCUUGUAAAUUUCUUUAAAAGAAAGCAGCAUUAAAGCAGAAAAAAGGGAAACAAAAAUGGCUCUGUUGAU